UUUACUUUUGUCUUUACUAUUUUCAUUCGAAUUCGUCCAUAUAUUUAUAUUAUUGUACUUUUCCACACAUUAAACAAUAAAGUUUCCACCAAAAACCCAAUCCAAACCAAUUAAUUUCAAACAGCUUUAAACCAAUGGCGACAACAACCCGCAGUGAGCGACACUGGCAGCGGUCCGUGUCCAUGCUCGGUGCGUGUCUAGCAACCACCACAGCUGGCACAGUCUACCUCUUCUCGACCUACGGGCCAGCACUCUCCCGACAACUCCACCUGAGCAGUACGCAAAGCAACCUCGUCGCAAUCUCAGCCAACUAUGGGCUCCUCCUCUCCGGGCCGCUCUUUGGGUGGCUAGCGGACACCCUCGGCCCACGCAUCCUCUGCGCAUUUGCAGCGGUAGGUUCGUUUUCGGCAUUUUCCGCACUGGCGUACACGUACUCGGGGGAUUUGGCGUUUCCUGGGUGGGUCGGGUUGGCUGGGUAUAUGGUUUUGGUCGGGGUUUCUUGCCAGGCGGUUAAUAUGAGCGCCAUUACGGUGACUACGCGGAAUUUUAAAGAGAAUAGGGGCGCGGCUGUGUCCCUGUGUGUUGCGUUUUUCGGGCUGUCUCCGUUUGUUUUGUCGCAUGUUAAUUCGUGGUUUUUUGCUGGGUCCAAUGGUGGCCCGCCGGAUGUUUUUGGGUUUUUGAAGUUUUUGGCGAUGCUGGGAUUGGUCACUUCGUUGUUGGCGGCGGUUAGCUUGUCGGUUGUUGGGUUUGGGCCGAGCAGGUAUCGGAGGGAUAUCCCACAUGGGUUUAUUGCUGAUGGUAGCGCGGAUAGCAUUCUGGAGGAGAGCAUGGAUGAGGAGAGUGGGUUGGUCGGACAGGCGCAGCCCGGAUACAGCGCUGGAGCGAAUUCAGCUACGGAUGCUGGUGCAAACUCUGCCACAGAUUCCGCCCCUGCCAUUGCUGCCAAUGCGGGUGGUGGUCCAGGCGCGGUGGACUAUGACACAGCGCGUGAUCUUGGCGGCAAAUCAUAUAUAGGCGACCACGAAGCGCAGCUGCUCGCAUUGGUUCUGUUUUUCUGCGCUGGUGUCGGAGUAUUCUACAACAACAAUGUCGGCACCAUCGUCACAACGCUCUACCACUCAUCCGUAGCGCACCCGGAUGCUAGCACGGCGCAGCGGCUGAUCAACCGGCACGUGGGGGCAAUCAGCAUGGGAAGCUUUAUUGGUCGGCUGUCAAUUGGAAUCAUCACUGAUCUGUGUAAGCGCAUUUGGCAUGUGCCUCGGUCAGGGAUUCUCGUCGGGGUGGUUUCGUCAACGGUUAUUUCUCAGCUGGUUAUUUUGAACGCGCGUAACUUGGAGGUGUUGCUGGUGGGGAGUGUAUUGACGGGAGUGAGUUAUGGGUUUAUUUUUGGAUUUGUCCCGUUGCUUGUCAGCGUGUGGUUUGGGACGAGACAUUUCGGAUCAAACUGGGGAAUGACUAGUUUGUUUAUUGGGUUUAGCGGACAGGGGUUGGGCGCGUUUUUCGGGUUCGUUUAUGAUCGCAAUUUGCCCGAUCAGGAUUUGUCGAAGUGUCCUGGGGGCGUUUGCUAUCGCAGUGCGUUUUUGCUGUCGACAUUGGUUGCUGCUUGCGGGUGGGUUGCUGCUGUGGUGUUGGCAGGAAGGAGGGCAAGGAGGAGAAGGGAGAAUCGGAGGGUGUGGGAGGCUGAGGAGUAUGAUCGCGCAAGAUAUGUGCCUUUCCGUCUGGCUGAGUAAGAAAAAAAAAUUAUUUGUUUUUUCAGUUCUGGAAUUUUUUUUUUUUAUCUUUUGUUGGCACUGGAUUUAUCUUUUUUAUUUUAUUUUAUUUUAUUUUAUACACCUUUUUUAUUACAUUCAUUAUUACAUUACAUUACAUUAAAUCCACAAUGUCAAUAGUUGGUUUGGUUGGUAGAGGACUGUUUCGGCCAAACAGCGUCGUCUCAACGUAAGUAGGGGAGAUAAUAGAAAGCAGAAUGAGACUUUUAAUUUCAUGAAGCAUUUAACCAUGCUAAAGUUGAUUUAAUUCAAUUCAAUUCAAUUCAAAGCACUUUG